UUCUCCAGCAAGUCUUCAGUCGGUUCGAUAAGAAUGGAUCAGGGACCAUGGACAGUCAAGAGAUGUUCACAGCCAUCCAGGCAGCAGGAUUCCAGGUGGAUGAGUUCUUGAUGCAGCUUGUUGGCUUGAGGUACGCGGACCCUGAUCUCACCCUCAGUUACGUGAACUUUAUUUGCUGCCUGACCAAGCUCGACACCAUGAUCCGAGCUUUCAAAAUCAUGGACAAGUUUGGAACUGGAAUGGUCAAUGUUGGCUACAAAGAGUGGCUGCAGAUGACUAUGUACAGCUAGUUGGAUCCCAUGGACUGUUGACUCCCUCAACCCGAAGAGCUUCCGCCACAGCUGCCCACAACCCAGAUCCAGAUAGAGCAAGCAACACACUCCAGAGGCCUCCGCACACCUUGGCUGUGGGAUCAGGCAGUUGGCAGUGUUAACAUAGCCACAUGUCACUCACUCAUGUAUAUUCCACCACUCCCAAGCCAGAGCUCCCAUCUGCUUUCAUUCCCUGUCUUUCUAGCAAGAGUCAAGAGUGGACACAAACUGCUGGAGUAACUCAAUGGGUCAGGCAGUAUCUCAGGAGAACUUGGACAGGCAGCAUUUUGGGUCAGGACACGUCUUUGCCUAUCCAUGUUCGACAGAGAUGCUGCCUGACCUGUUAAGUCACUCCAGCACUUUGUGUCCUUUUGUGUAAACCAGCAUCUGCAGUUCCUUGUUUCGAGAAGAAUGUUGAAUUGCCAUAUGUGCAGAAACGGAACAUUGAAAAUAUUAUGUAGCAGCACAAGUUUGUAAGCACAGCACUCAAUAGAUAGCAUACUAGGCAAAUUUUUAAAAGUUCAAUACGUUAAAAAAAAAACAAUAUAGGGUAAAACAAAACAAAAGCCUGAUGUCCCGAGUGCUACCAAGACAGUUCAUAGUUCAACGUUUAGUUGCUAGACACAAAAUGCUGGAAUAACUUAGCGGGUCAGGCAGCAUCUCUGGAGAGAAGGAAUAGGCAAUAGGUGCAGGAGUAGGCCAUUUGGCCCUUCGAGCCAGCACCGCCAUUCACUGUGAUCAUGGCUGAUGAUAGGUGAUGUUUCAGGUCGAGACCCCUUCUUCAGACCAACAAUGGAGGACCCGGCGGGAGGGGGAGGGGGGGAGGAAUUUGUAGCUGUGUCAGUGCCUUUUACAUGUCGACUAUUUGCAUACCUUGGCUAUGCAAGCAAAGAAUUGCCCUGCGACUUGUCACAUGUGAAAAUAAAGUAUUCCAUUCCAUUCGUCAGCGAUGCAGCCUGGCCCUCUCAAUUUCGCCAGCAUUUUGUGCCAGUCUGUUGUAAACCAGAUAUGUUGUGAGCCAGCAUCUGCGGUGCCUUUCAACACACAAUUUAGUUGCUGUUUGUGGUGUUCAAUAGCCUGAUGUUUGUUGAGAAGAAGCUGUUCCUGAACCUGGAGUUCAUUGGGAAGAAGGUACAGGAGCCUGAAAAGUGUAACGUCCAGGUUCAGGAACAGCUUCUUCCCUACAACCAUCAAGCUAUUAAACACAACAACAAAUAAGCUCUGAACUACAAUAGACUUAUUAUUAUUGCACUAUAUUUGUUAUUUAUUGAGUAUGUGUGCAUGUGUAUAUAUACACACACACACUGAACUUUUUUUCCCCCGUUAUGUACCAUGUUUACAUAUUCUGUUGUGCUGCAUGCAGCAAGUGAGACUUUAAUUGUCCUAUCUGGGACACAUGACAAUCAACUCCUCUUGACUCUUGACUUGAGGAAAGUGUUUUGGGACACAACAGAACAAUAGAAUUGUUGCAUUUCUUUUUCAAACCUAAGUCAAGUCAGGUUUAUUCGUCACAUACACAUACGAGAUGUGAAGUGGCAAUGCUCGUGGACUUUGUGCAAAAAGACAAACAACCAAACAACCAAACAAACUACAAACAGAAUGGAACAGAAUCACAUAUUCUUUUACAUAUUAAAUAUUGUGGGCCGAAAGAAAAAGGGAAAAAAACAGCAAUUAAAAAAACAAGCAGUAGAGUGGUACAGUAAAGGUUUACAGAUGUAACUGUAUAUUAAGAUGUCUAGCGAUGUAGCUGUAUAUUAAGAUAAAUACUGAGCUAUAUUAGUAAUUAUUUGCAUUAUUGUUAUUGUCUUUGCUGUCAUUCUGUAAUUACACCAAAGAAUUAAAUUAAAAACAUAAUA